CGCCGAUAACAGAGGUCGCGGCGGGGCGUCCCGCUGGUGGAUCGCGCUGUGCGCCGAACACACGCGGGAGCGCUUCCGACGCGCGCGCCGCGGCCUAAUGCUCGCUUUUGGAGCGAUUUCGCUCCGCCGGCGGAGGCUGGGAGAGUCCCGGCGUCGCGUGACGGCGCGACGUCAAUUUGCGUGAAAGAUGCUCGAGAAAACUCGCAGGACAAUCGAGGAGGUGGCGCUGGCGCCGCCCACGCCGCAGCCCGCCUCCGAGGAAGAGCUGGAGCGCAGCACGGACGACGACCGCAGCGGAGACCUCCUCCAGGAGGAGGAGCUGGUCGCGGGGUGGGGCGCCGACGUCCUGCAGCUGCCGUCGUCGCUCGAGCUCGACAUCAAAGUGCAGAAGGGCCCCGACACGCUCGGUGUGAGCGUGGACUCCGUGGACAAGGGCGUGAACGGCAUGCUGGUGGUGGCCGUCGUGUCCGGAGGGGCCAUCGCCAAAGACGGCCGCAUCGUCCCGGGGGACUACCUCUUGUCCCUCAACAACGAAAGCCUUCGGAAAGUCACCAACUCUCAAGCCCGGGCCAUCCUGCGGAGGGCACAGCUCCUGUCCACGGACAUAAGUGUUACUUAUAUUCCUGGUGAAGCUGCCACUGCAUAUCGUAAGUCACUCUUGGAAAGUGAGCCUCCUAUUGUACCUUUAACAAAGGCAAUAAAAAUAUCUCCCAGGAUAUUUCCUGAAUACUACCGCUCUCCUUAUAUUCAAAAAGAAAGUGAAGUUCCUGAGAUUCUUAGUGGUGAUAAGCUAGUGCUUAGGGAAAGUGAACUUGAUAGUAAUCUUGUAUCAGAGACUGCAACAAGUUCUGCAGCGGAUACAGGAGUUACUGAAUCUGACAGCAUAACUGCUGUAUCACCUUUACAAGUGCCAGUACGAACUAUUGUGGAAGGAAAUGAACAAGUACUUUUAAAGUUAGGAAGUGAACCAAUUAGUGAAGUGAUAGUGACAAGUGAACCAGACAGUGUUUCGUGGAGAAGGGAUUCUAGAGACGAUACAGUGUCGAGAAAGGACGAUCAGAGUGUUACUAGUAUCCCCCCUUCAAGGUCUCAGGGAUCCCUGAGUGACCUCUCCUCUCCAACAAUGACUGUGACGCAACCUCCUCAGGGUCAUACGCCUUCAACACCAAUGUCCUCAUCUGUGCUCUUAGCCAAACACUGGGGGCCUGAGCGGAUGGUGGAAAUUCUUCGAGAGCCAAACUGCAGCCUUGGAAUCAGCAUAGUAGGAGGCAAAGUUGACUUAUACAAUGCUGGACCAGACAGUGGCUCUGCUAUCUCAGGUAUCUUCAUUAAAAAUGUGCUGCCACAUAGUCCUGCUGGUCGCACUGGUGAACUUAAGACUGGAGACCGAAUACUGGAAGUGGAUGGAAUCGACUUGCGCCAAGCAAGUCACGAACGAGCAGUGGAAGUCAUACGAGGAGCUGGUAAUCCUGUGUGCUUCUUAGUUCAAUCUCUUAUUCAGUGGAGCGUGGACGGGGAUGUUGAGAGUCAAUCGACUGAAGUAGCCUCCACGUCCUCCGCAGGAGCAGCUGGUGGCUCAGAGCGAAGAAGGGCCUCCACUUCUCCCACCCCCUCCUCUGAACUUCUGAAGGUCACCCCCCAGCCAGUUCCUCAGGCUAGGACACCCACCCCUGAGCUAAUACAGGCGGGAAUGGCUGAUGAAAUGGUACAGGAAAUACCAAAACAAGUUUCACAAAGAAAACCAUCAAUUAUAAAACCAAAAGAACCACAAUCAAAACAGGAUAAACAAGAAGAUAGAGACAUAGAAAAGAAGAAGCCUAUCUAUUCUUCUAGUGAAGAAAGUGAAGAUGAAGAAGACGUUAGAGAAUUAGAAGGAAAUAUGUACACCAAAAAAGGUCAUGAGAUAAACCGAGCCAGUGCUGGAAAUGUGAAGAGAACAAAAGAAGAAAUUGAAGCCGAUCCUGAAGAAGAAGAUGACUUUGGUUACACCAAAAACAAGGUGAAGAAGAAGUAUGGCGGGCUGGGCCACCCGGUGCUGCUGGUGCAGCUGGAGCGCGGCGCGCAGGGCCUGGGGCUGUCGCUCGCCGGCCACAAGGACCGCAACCGCAUGGCCGUGUUCGUGGUCGGCCUUAACCCGGCGGGCGCCGCCUUCAAGACCGGCGCCAUCCACGAGCAGUGAAGUGGAGCCCCAGUCACAAUCAAGAACAAUUGUUCUUGAGCGAGGACCAGAUGGCCUAGGAUUUAGUAUUGUUGGUGGCCAUUGCAGUCCUCAUGGUGAUCUUCCAAUUUACGUGAAGACAGUGUUUGAAAAGGGGGCUGCUGCUCGGGGGGGGCAGCUGAGGAGAGGGGACCAGAUUGUAGCAGUGGAUGGACUUAGCUUGGAAGGUCUCACUCACCAGCAAGCUGUGGCAGUGUUGAAACACACGCAAGGGAACGUCACUCUCACAAUACAGUCUUAACGACUGCAACUAAUAGCAGUAGUUACCUUCUUGAGUCCCGUACUGACUUCUUUGUGGUUCUAAUGUAUAAAAACAAUUUCUGUAUGAAAUCGCCAUGCAUCCAAUCAUUCCAGUAAUCUGUAUUGUCUGCAUGUGUGCACAUUUCAAUAAGAAGCUGUGUAUACUGUACAUAUUUGUAUUACAAAAAUGUGUUUGCAAGUUGCAGAAAGAAGAUAUAGCUCUAUUAAUAUAACAUAUCUGAAUGAAUACUAGCAUUUAAAAUUUUUGUAUAUUUAUUUGGCCUUCCAAGCAUGUGGCUAUUCUUAGUUUCAAACUGAGUCUCCCAAACACUGCCCCAAUGGCCAGGCAAGUUCAAUUGUUCUUGCAUCAUUUCUGUGAUGGACGUAUAUUACUAUAGUUAUGAACACAAAACGAAAUGAUGAAGGCUGCAGUUUGGAGAAGCAAUGAAGAAUGUGUGAUCUGUGCUUUUGUAAUGAAAAAUAUACUUUGUUGAUGUAUUUUAAUUUAUGCAUUUUUCAUUCCACAAAUAUGUUAUCUUGUCUUCUUAAUAAUGUGAAUGCGUGUGAGAACGAGAAAUUGUAAAAUGUGUUGUUACUCUGUUUCCUGUAUAAAAAAGUGCAAAUAACAUUCUCAUGUUACAGAAACUAAAUAUCCUGUUUUGUCAUUGUGUGUUUAUGUAUUUUGUGAAAAUGACAUGCAAAGCAUGAAAAAUGUAUUAUAAACAAACUUGCAAACUGUAUACUACGAAUGACAGUUUUGGGAAAAAAAGAAUUUUGCUUCAAUUUGAAACAAUGACAUCUCAGGAAAGAAUGUUCAUUGACUGUUGCAAGCAGACUUAAAUAUUUAUAUAUAGUGUACAGUUGUUGGUCCUUGGCAGGGUUUGAUUGGGACCACUUGUUCCUUUGUGUGUGAUUUUAAUAGUUUAAAUGUUGGAUAUUUAAAAAUUCUAAAAAGAGAAAUCCUUGGGGCACGGAUUCUUGCUUGGUUUGAAAUAUGUCUGUUUUGAAUAGUAUACCUUUGUUAUGUAGUUACAAGUGAAGAAUUUUAGUUUACAAUGAAAGUUGAACCAAACCCUAAGGAAGGAAUGACUACUUGGUAGUCUCCUAUUCAUACUAGUUGCAAAUGUUUGUUGAGAUAUAUGGAAUGUUAUUACACAUAAGCAGCUUAUGAUAUACUUAUUUUUAGAGCAUAGGCAGAAGAUAUAAAAAAAAUUCUUAAUAAAGUAUGCAAGGGAGAAUAGUUAUUUGCUUUGAUACAAAUUAGAACAUACUAAGAUUUUUACUCUCUGGUACAGCUUCAGAGUUGAAUGUCAAUCAUGCUACUUGGCCUCUGUGAAUUUAAAACCCAUUUUCAAUAGAUUAUUGACACAAAAGAUUAUUAUACUUCUGAAAUUUUAUAUUUAUCCUCAUAAGUUUGAGAAAUAAGAAUAAAGAGCUACGAUUGUAACUUGUGACAUUUUAAUGUAAAGAUUUAUGUAAAAAUGUAUUUUAUUUUGUACACUUCUCGUAGAGAAAUUACAAUAUAAAUUCCUAGUGCAGCACUUCCUAAGACAUUGUGUAAUAUAGGCAUACAGUUUUGAGUGUUGUUAAAAUAAUUAUGUUUUUUCUUUGACUUAUCUUGUGCUGGAGAAUGAUUUAUAACAUUUUUAAUAAAAUGCAUAACAUGAACUUUGAAGUGAUAUCUUUUAAAAUUUAAUCUUCAAAUAAUUUGUAUGCAAGUCAAAUAUUAAAAUGCCUUGUUGCCUUGAUAUAUUUGGUGUCCAAUGCAGUUCACAUUUUUUAGUUUUUUUUAAAUGCAUUGUUAUUUUUCUUAAUUUAAAAAUGUGAAAAUAUUGAAAAUGUAAUGUUGCUACUGAAUUUCUUUUUGAAUUCAAAAUUGCAAACUGAAUCAAAAUAAUUAACAAUAGCUAUUGGCUUUUACUUCUUUCACACUGUUCUCUGUCUGAAAUGAGUUCUGUUAAGAACGAUGAAUGGUUCUUAUUAAAGGAUAUUAUUAAAUACGAUGUGGCCCUUUCACACCACCUAAUGCAAAGUUUUAGAUAGAUAUUAAAAAUUGAUAAGAUUCAUUUCUUUUUUGUUUCAGUUUAUUAUUUCUAUUUUGUUUUUGUGCUUGUUGCAUCACAUUUCAUAGAAAAGUGUUCACUCUAAAGAAAUUAUAGUAAGCAUUUAAACUUACAAAAUUGAAUCUUAUACAUUCUGAAAAUAAUUGUAUUAGAACCCCAUUACAAGAGAGCAUGCAUGUAGAGACAACAUGGUCCAGCUGUCUCUAGCCCCAAUAUAAGAGGCAUUUUCCUGGUUUUUAGAGUUUCCAGCAUUAAAAAGGCAAAAUAUUUCUCUCCAAAAAGAAUCCUAUGUAGAUCCAAAAGAAGUUUUACCUCCAGAGUAAGAAUGGAAACUAUCAAUUUCCCACUCAAUGAGCCAAUCUCGUUGGUCGUGCUUCAAGCCUCCUUGGCUAAGGCUGCAAAAGAAGAGAUUCCAGUCCGCGGAAAGUCUCCUCAAUAAAACACAAUUAGCCUGUGGAAGGAAAAAAUCUGUUGCCACGACUUUUUAUGGUAUUUUGCAGAAGGCACUUACAGGAGAAUGGGAACAGGAUUUGACAAGGCAUAGGGACUAAAGCUAAUCCCCUGAUCUGAAAAAGAAGUUAAUGUCAAAUGAGCAAAAACAUUUCAGUUUAUUUGUUAUUGUUAAAAACUGUGUGAUGUGUGAAGGAGUGUAUUCUGUGCAUGUUUCUUGAAUUAUUCUAUCCUUACCCACAACUGUAUACUAGUUGAAUUCGUAAUAUAAAUGGAAACAUGUUUUUGGUAAGAUUUGAUAAAAUAUUUGCUCCUGUGUAAUAAAAGUUAUUUAUGUUAAAAGUCCUUAAAGACUAAUAGAGGAUGUGUUGCACACAAUAUUUUUUUGUUAUUUCUAGUCAUUCUAAUUAUUCAAAAUAAACAUUUAACACUUUCAU